CUUGCAAAGCUAGUGUAAUUAGCAUAUCUAGACGUUGUCAAGCUACUGACAGGAUACUGACACUUUCUAUAUUGAUGAACAUAUCUAGACAUUGUCUAGCUAGUGCUACGAUAAUUUUAUAUUCUUUACUGAUGAUCAUAUCUAGACGUUGUCAAGCUAGUGUUAGGAUACUGACACUUUCUGUAUUGAUGAACAUAUCUAGAAAUUGUCAAGCUAGUGUUAUGAGCAUAUCUAGAUGUUGUCAAGCUACUGUUAGGAUACUGACACUUUCUAUAUUGAUGAACAUAUCUAGACAUUAUCUAGCUAGUGUUAGGAUACUGUUAUAUUCUUUUUUAAUGAACUUAUCUAGACGUUGUUAAGCAAGUGUUAUGAAUAUAGCAUGAUGUUGUCAAGCUAGUGUUAGAAUAAUGACAUUUUCCGUAUUGAUGAACUUAUCCAGACGCUGUCAAGCUAGUGCUAUCAACGUAUGUAGACGUUGUCUAACUAGUGUUAUACUGACACUUUCUAUAUUGAUGAACAUAUCUAGACAUUGCUAAAAUUGUCAAGCUAGUGUUAUGGACAUAUCUAUAUGUUGUCAAGCUACUGUUAUGAUACUGACGCUUUCUAUAUUGAUGAUCAUGUCUAGACAUUGUCAAGCUAGUGUUAGGAUAUUGUUACUUUCUUUACUGUUAAGAGUAUCUAGACGUUGUCAAGUUAGUGUUAGUAUACUGACAAUUUUUUAUUGAUGAACUUAUCUAGACAUUGUCAAGCUAAUGUUAUGACCAUAUCUAGACGUUGGCAAGAUAGUGUAGGAUAUUGUUACUUUCCUUAAUGAUAAACAUAUGUUGACAUUGUCAAGCCAACGUUGUAUAAUUGAACUUUCCUUAUCUGGCCAUUGGUAGAAUACUGACAUUUUCCCAACUGAUGUUCAUAUCUAGACGUUGUCAAGCUAUAGUCUCAUCGUUGAUGGAGGCAUCUAGAGGCUACACUUUUCAUUUCAUAUCUAAAAUUGACUUUCCAAUAACAUUUUUUUUCAGAGAAAGUGCCAGCAGAUGCAUGGUCAACUAGUUGAGGUAGAAUGCGAAGCCGAAUGGGUCUUCUUGAAAUCCCAAGCUGAGCAGAAAUCACUUGGUGACUUUUGGAUUGCACUCACUAACGCAUUUGAACAGAAUGACUGGUCAUGGAUCAACACUUGGAGAACAGCAUCAUUCACUGCAUGGGAACCUGGUGAGCCAAACAAUAACGGUGCUUUGGAUGAGGAAUGCGUUCACGCGAGAAAGGACAGACAAUACAAAUGGAAUGAUAGAAGAUGCAAGCAGAUGCAAGGUCAACUAGUUGAAGUCGAAUGUGAAGGCGAAUGGGUCUUCUUGAAAACCCAAGCUGAGAUGAAAACUGAAAUCUGGUUUCCUGGGCAACCAGAUAAUAACGAUUUGAUUGAGCAUUGCGUUCAUGCGGCAGGAAUCUGGCAAUACCAUUGGAAUGAUAAGAACUGUGACCAGCCAUAUCCAUAUACAUGUAUUUGCGAAGCCUAG